AUGUCGAAAGUGGCUGUUGUUACCGGAUCCAAUAAGGGGCUCGGUCUAGGAAUAGUAAAAGGAUUAUGUAAGAGAUUUGAAGGGGUCGUUUACUUGACUUCGAGAGAUGAAAAAAGAGGCAGAGACGCCGUGGCUGAACUCAACAAGCAAGGAUUACAACCGAAGUAUUAUCAACUAGAUGUGUCUGAUAAGAACAGUGUAUUAAAGUUCAAAAACUACAUUGAAGCUAAUUAUGGUGGUAUCGAUAUAUUAAUUAACAAUGCAGCAGUCACUGACAGUAAUCCACAUGGUCGUUCUUCAUACGAAGACAGUAAAAAACUUAUCGACAUCAACUUUGGAGGAAUAUUAACGAUGCGAGAGUUAAUAUAUCCACUUGUGAGGAGGAAUGGCCGAAUACUUAAUAUUUCUAGCAACUGUGGGCACUUAUCCAAUUUGAGGAAUCAACAAUGGAGAGAAAAACUGUCCAAAAAAGAUUUAAAACUAGAAGAAAUACAAGAAUUCAUUGAGUGGUACUUGGAAUCACUCAAGAAUGGUUCUUUUAACCCUGAAGAUUGGGUUGACAACGGUACUAUAACGGGUUACAGAGUAUCUAAGAUUGCUUUAAAUGCGGUCACUAGAAUACAUCAAAAGGAAUUUGAGGCUAAAGAUAUAUCAAUAAAUUCAGUUCAUCCGGGGUACAUCCGUACGGACAUGACCACUGGACUUGGUUUCUUUAACAUCGAUGAAGCAGCUGAAACACCCUUGUAUAUCGUUCUUGACGCUCCGCAGUCCUUAAAGGGUGAAUACAUAUGGUAUGACAGAAAGGUUAUAGAUUGGGCAAAUUACGAGGAAGAAUAUUAUUUCCGACUUAUGUCUUUAGUCGAACAGCAUGUUGCUUGA